UUCUGAUGAAGUGUUAUUAAUUGAAUUGUAUUGUAAGCUAUUCCUUACCUGCUGAGUGUUUCUGGUAUUUAUGACAGAAAUUAAUAUAUUCAUGAUUGCUAAGUACCUUCAGGCUAACAGGAGGAAGACAGGAAUAUGGUGUUGGAAUGAAAAUCAGCCGUGGCUGAAUGGUGGGCAGACCAUAUGGAUCGAAUCACCUAAUUCUCUUCCUGUGUCUUAUGUCUUACCAUGACUGAAUGAUGGCUCCUUCUUAUCCCAUGUUGUCUGUGUCAUGUGAGGGACAAUAAAAGAUUGUUCACUGAGAUCAUUAUAUUUGCCUUCAAUGUUUAAAUUUCAACCUGCAGUGAGAGAUUUAUUGGAAGAAAAACCACGACUGAAGUCGAGGGAACAGCAACAAGUGAACCAGCCCGAGGAUUGAGAGCACCGACUGGAGAGAACCCAUCUGACUCGGAGAUUCCAGUGAUUCAGUCAGGAGAAAGUUUGGUUAAAAACAACAAGGAAAUUAUCUACGGGGAGGUCAAACACAACACGCUGUUUUGUUGUCUAUGUCCAGAUAUUUAAGAAGUGGAACAAGGGAUUUACUCGAUCAUCAUUCCUACUCAGGCUGUGGGGAGUGAUUCACUCGAUCAUUAUUCCUAUUCAGACUGUGGGAGAGAUUCAUCGAUCAUCUGACCGACUGACAUGCUGUCAAUUUACACGGGGGGAAUCCAUUUAUCUGCUCAGUCAUCCACUCUAAUGGCUCACCAGCGAGUUCACACCGGGGUGUGGCCAUUCACCUGCUCAGACUGUGGGAAGGGAUUCACGUUGUCAGCUCACCUACUGAGUCAUCAGUCAGUUCACACGGGUGAGAGGCCAUUCACCUGCUCUGACUGUGGGAAAGGAUUCACUUUGUCAUCUAAUCUUAAGCUACAUCAGCGAGUUCACUCUGGGGAGAGGCCGUUCACCUGCUCAGACUGUGGGAAGGGAUUGGCGUUGUCUUCCCACCUACUGAGACAUCAGUUAGUUCACACUGGUGAGAGGCCGUUCACCUGCUCAGAAUGUGGGAAAAGAUUCACUCAGUCAUCCCACCUUCAAGCACAUCAGCGAGUUCACACUGGGGAGAGGUCGUUCACCUGCUCAGAGUGUGGGAAGGGAUUCGCGUUGUCAUCUCACCUACUGAGACAUCAGUUAGUACACACUGGUGAGAGGCCAUUCACCUGCUCAGAAUGUGGGAAAAGAUUCACUUUGUCAUCUCAACUUAAGGUACAUCAGCGAGUUCACACUGGUGAGAGGCCAUUCACCUGCUCGGACUGUGGAAAAGGAUUCACUCAGUCAUCCCACCUAGAAGCACAUCAGCGAGUUCACACUGGGGAGAGGCCAUUCACCUGCUUAGACUGUGGGAAGGCAUUCACACAGUUUGCUACCCUACAAGUGCAUCAGCGAGUUCACACUGGGGAGAAGCCAUUCUCCUGCUUAGACUGUGGGAAGGGAUUUGCGUUGUCAUCUCACCUACUGAGACAUCAGUUAGUUCACACUGGGGAGAGGCCGUUCACCUGCUCAGACUGUGGGAAAGGAUUCACUCAGUCAUCCCACCUACAAGCACAUCAGCGAGUUCACACUGGGGAGAGGCCAUUCACCUGCUCAGACUGUGGGAAAGGAUUCACUUCAUCAUAUAAACUUAAGGUACAUCAGCGAGUUCACAUGGGGGAGAGGCUGUUCACCUGCUCGGACUGUGGGAAAAGAUUCACUUCGUCAUCUCAACUGGAGAUUCAUCAGCAAGUUCACACUGGGGAGAGGCCGUUCACCUGCUCAGACUGUGGGAAAGGAUUCACUCAGUCAUCCCACCUACAAGCACAUCAGCGAGUUCACACUGGGGAGAGGCCAUUCACCUGCUCAGACUGUGGGAAAGGAUUCACUCAGUCAUCCCACCUACAAGCACAUCAGCGAGUUCACACUGGGGAGAGGCCAUUCACCUGCUCAGACUGUGGGAAAGGAUUCACUCAGUCAUCCCACCUACAAGCACAUCAGCGAGUUCACACUGGGGAGAGGCCAUUCACCUGCUCGGACUGUGGGAAUGGAUUCACUCAGUCAUCCCACCUACAAGCACAUCAGCGAGUUCACACUGGAGAGAGGCCGUUCACCUGCUCAUUGUGUGGGAAGCGAUUCGCGUUGUCCUCUCACCUACUGAGACAUCAGUUAGUACACACUAGUGAGAGGCAGUUCACCUGCUCAGAAUGUGGGAAAAGAUUCACUUUGUCAUCUCAACUUAAGGUACAUCAGCGAGUUCACACUGGGGAGAGGCCAUUCACCUGCUCAGACUAUGGAAAAGGAUUCACUCAGUCAUCCCACCUGCGAGCACACUACUCAGUUCACACCGGGGAGACUCUAGACACCUGCUCGGACUUUGGGAAGAGAUUCUCUCAGUCAAAUCAACCAAAUGUGCAUCAUUGAGUUCACACUGGAGAGACCGUUCACUGGAUGUGUGUCCAUCACCGUUGCUGAAUGCAAUUUCGAGACUGACUGUCGGUGCUGAACUCUGCAAUCAUUGCUGCUGCUCACCACACCCAGUUCUGCACCCUGGUCACUGGGCAUGGGAGGAGUUUCUUCUGCUGCACAUUCACCUUUAAUAGGACUGGAGUUUAAUAUUCUGCAUCUGUGACAAAUAAAUCAGUUCUAUUUUAAACUCUGUCUCUGGUACUUAGUGAAAUUAUAACACACGUAGUGCACAGUAGAGAGUCAACUCAGGCCGCCUGGACUUUGCUGAG